AUGGCGCGCAAGAUGAAGGACACCGACUCCGAGGAGGAGAUCCGCGAGGCCUUCAAGGUCUUCGACCGCGAUAACAACGGCUUCAUCUCGGCUGCUGAGCUGCGCCACGUCAUGACGUCGAUCGGCGAGAAGCUGACGGACGAGGAGGUCGACGAGAUGAUCCGUGAGGCCGACCAGGACGGCGACGGCCGGAUUGACUACAACGAGUUCGUCCAGCUCAUGAUGCAGAAAUAA